AAAUAGAUUUUAUUUUAUUGGACAUGAUUUAAUUAUAUUUAUUUAUUUAUUGAAUGAAGGUUCAUAAUUCAAAAAAAAAAAAAAAAAGAUUGUUGAGCUGAGGGACAGCAGUCAUUAUCGGACACAUAAAAAUGGCUCUUUUCUAUGGCGUCCGUACCUCUGUAACCAUCAAAAUUAAAAUCAACCCAUUAAUUGUUUCUCCAAUGACCUCCAUAAUUUAUAUCAAUUCUCUCCUUCAAGCUCCACAAUCUCCAAUCUCCAUCUUCCUUCAGCCAUUGGAGGAGAGAAGACGAAGAAGAAGAAGAAGAAGAAGGAGAGACCUUGUUCUUUCUCCAUUGACAAAAAGACCAUCAUGACUUGGCCACUCGUCAGUUGGCUUUUAUCUUCUUCUUCGUCUUCGUCCACAUCCUCCUCCGAAUACGACAACGAAGACAUAUUUGACGAACCAGACAUUAAUGACCCCAAAUCAACAAACGACGACGAUGAUCAUGAUCACAAUCAAGAAGACGAUUACGACGGCGUUGAUUCCGUUACCGUAGCCGUUACAAGAAACGCUGAUCCUUCUUUCUCCACUUCGAAACGACGCCGUACCGACGACGACGACGACGAUUACUACCCAAACGCGGCGGCCGCUAAGAAAGUUAAUUUGCAAAAGAGAGUUUGGAGCGAAGAGGACGAAAUCGAGCUCUUACAGAGCUUCCUCGACUACACCGUAACUCGUAAACUCGGUCCGCACCGGAGAACGGCUAACUCGUUCUACAAUGACCGGGUUAAGCCCGAGUUAAGGGGCCGAUUCAACCAGAACCAACUGGCUGAUAAGCUGAGGAGAAUGAGGAGAAAGUACCAAAUAACCUUUAGCAAGUUGAAGAACUCGGGCGUGGAUUUCCGGUUCAGGAAUCCUCACGAGAGGGGCAUUUUCGAGAUUUCACAGAAGAUAUGGAGUGGCAGAGGUGGUGGCGGUAGUGGUAGUAAUGAUCAGAUGCUGAGUCAGCAGGAUUAUGAGAUAGAGAAAUGGAUAUUGAAAACGGCGUCGUUUGAAGAAGAAGAAGAAGAAAUGGGAGAUGAGAAAUGGAGGGAAGAGAAGAUUAGGGGUUUGGAGAUUUAUUCAAAACGGCUUGAGUCGAUUCAGACUCAUAUUAAGGCUGCUUUGGAAAAGUUAAGAAAAGGACCAACCAUAACCAUUGUUGAUGAGGCUGCUCCUGCUGACGUGUGAUGACUAUUUGUUAAUUUUAUAAUGAUUAGAUUGUGGUUGAUUGGUCAACGGUUAGGUUGGGUUGGGUGAUUAAUAUUAAUAAUAGAGAGUAGAGAGAAGAAAGUUGUGAAUAGAAUUAUCAUUAAUUCAUUAUUAUUAUUAUUAUUGUUAAUUACCGUUAUAGUCUUACAGAGCAUUAAGAAAGAAACAAAGUCAAGUGUACUUGUUGUUAUGCUGUUUGAUUAUCUAUGCUAUGUUUCAAGCAGGGGCUGUGAUUCCUGACAAAAUGUCAGCUGAAUGUUUUGAUUCGUAGUGCUAAAAGGCAAUACCAGUUGUCAAUAUUAUUAGUCCAAUUAACUAUACUUUUAUAUAA